AUGGGCCGUUCAUCGGCAGAGAGUUUGCCAAGCUGCGACCUUCGGCUUCAUCGAUUCCAAAAUCUGGCACGUCUAUCUUUGCCCAGCAGCCAACUGUUAACAGCCAUGCGUUUGGGCCUCGGAGGAAUGGCCGAUUUGACUCAAUUUGUCGAGAUCUCGGACAGGAUCCCCAAGGCAUUUCGCUCGCCAGCAGCGCCACUGGCACCACCCCGGCCUGCGCGGCCUCGAUGGCCGCGACCACCUCCCAAGGUGGUGCCACCACCGAAAAGAGCUUCUGCCGCGGCAGAAUCCAGGCAGCAAGCUGCAGCAAGCACUGGCCUCCGUCUCGGGCCUCAGUGGGUUCCCCCAGAGCUGCUGGAGCGCGGGAUGGUGGUCCUGUGUCAAGAUGGAGCGCUUGGCGUCAUCGAAAGCGUGUUUGCAGCUCUGGACGAAGUCUAUGUUCAAAGACACGGCUCGACAGAGCCAGUGAAGCUGAACACCAAGCAGAUCACCUUCUUGGGCGAAUGGUCAGACUCAGUCGAGAUCAUUAAUUCCGUGGAAGUGCCUCCGGAUGUCGAGUCGAUUCUCGGGUUGGAGCAGCUGGAUCAACUGCAAGAGUUGGCAGGGAAAGCGCCGGUUCACCUGGAAUCACUACCCCAGGAGGGAGCAUGCGGAGCUUUAGCCCAACUGGUAAUCGGCCCGAGCACAGCAAAAGCGGUGAAGGCGGCAGUCGAUGCAAUCGUCAGCCAUGUCGAUGGGCUGGACUAUCCGGAAGACAGCUAUGCAAAGGCUGCCAGGGCCAGCGCAGCAGCCGGAGCUACAGGCUGUCAGGCCACCCCUAGUGACCAGUGGCCAGCGGCAGUUGCAGAUUCUGCAUCAGCGCUGUAUCCGGCUGGAUCGUCGCCUGUGAUGAUGGUUUGUCCGGUCUGGCCCGGUUCCAAUCCCGCUUGGCCAGACUGGUCUGCAAACCCCGCCUGGGGGUCGGCUAUGUCAACUGUGGCCGCAGCGCCAGCGGGCGCAAUCCAGAAUAAUCUGGGGUCCUGGCAGGAGGAAGCUCAGACAGUCGAGGUGUCUCUUGACACAGACCAGAAGCUCGUGCAAGAGAUCCAAGAGAUACCACUGCUUUCGCAGAUUUCUGCAGAUCCAGUGAAAGAGGUUCGCCAGAGCACUGCUGCCCCUCCGUGGCGCAACAAGGAGCUCCCGCCGCCUCCGGAGAAGAAGCAGGUGGUGGAAAAGAAGGCCAAUGUCCACAGCGGAACCACGGUGAAGCGAUAUCGGCCAUCGAGCCUUUCAGGGAAGAGACGCCGCGAGGCCAUGAAUGUAAAGCAGGAGGUGGAGGAGGACCAGGGCCACCCUGUGAAGGCCUUAAAGGUGGAUGAUGCCCAGGAUGGAGCUGCACCAUCGAGCCCAAAUUCCGCUGAUGAGACCAAUAAGACUGUACUGUUUUGGGCAAGCCAGCAGGACCAGUUUUCUCACCUACCUCAACUGCCAGAUGGCUGGAUCAGGAUCCCGUCGAAAUCAGCUGGGGCAUGCUACUAUGUGAACUUGAGAACUGGCACAGCAACCUUCAGAUCGCCCCUGGAUUUGCCUCCUGGUUGGGUGAAGGUAAUGUCCAGGAGCACAGGCAGGCACUACUACUGGCACGCAGAGAAGCAGAUCUCGCAGUUUGAGUUGCCUGCAGACUAG